AUGGAAAUGGCAGCCAAUAAAGACAGAAGAUAUGGAACUAUUAUUGGAGGGAAAUAUAAACUAUUAAAAAUGCUUGGUUCUGGCUCCUUUGGAGAGGUUUAUUGUGCCAUUGACAUCACUAACAACAAUGAAGUGGCAGUGAAAUUAGAAUCUAAGAGAACCAAGUACCCCCAGUUGUUAAAGGAAAAUAAACUCUACCGGCUUCUCCAGGGGGGCAUUGGUUUUCCUCGUCUGUUGUGGUAUGGCGAGGAAAAACAUGAGAAUGCAUUGGCCAUGGACCUUCUUGGACCCAGCUUAGAAGAGUUCUUCAAAAUCUGCUCAAGAAAGUUCUCUAUGAAAACGAUACUUAUGUUAGCUGAUCAGAUGAUAAGUAGACUUGAAUAUCUGCAUAGUAAGGAUUUCAUACACAGAGACAUUAAGCCAGAAAACUUCCUAAUGGGUCCUAGCUGCUUCCUCUCUAAUUUUUCUAAGGACACUCAGAAGAGGAAAAGGAGCAAGGUAAAUUCUCCAGAUCAGCCUUACUCAAAAUUUAGCCAAUUAUAUCUUGUGGAUUUGGGUUUGGCAAAGAAGUACAGAGAAAAAUCAAAACAACAUAUACCUUGUAGAGAAGUUCAAUAUCUAGUUGGUACUGCCCUAUAUGCUAGCAUUAAUACUCACUGUGGUACUGAACAAAGUCGCCGAGAUGACUUGGAGGCAUUAGGAUAUGUUUUGAUAUAUUUUAAUGGAAACAGUCUGCCAUGGCAAGGAUUAGUGGCUGCCUCAAUGAAACAAAAGUGGGAUCGUAUUAAAGAAAAGAAGAUUGAAAUUCCCAUUGAAGAUUUGUGUAAAGACAUUCCUAAAGAAUUUGCCAUAUACUUAAACUAUUGUCGUGAGUUGGGUUUUGAAGAAACCCCAGAUUACGAGUAUCUUAGACAACUAUUCCAGAGUCUUUUCCAAAACUUGAAUUAUAAAUAUGACAACAUUUAUGACUGGACUUCAAUGCCAAUGUGUAAUGUGCAGGAAAACCAACCUCUCGCUGGGAAUUAA